UUAAAAUAAGACAUCGAUUAAGGAGACGUUAAAUGCACGCAUUAUCUGUUUCCGGAGACAUCAAAUAAUUUUCCGAUGCUUACAUUAUUGAAUGAUGGUUGCUUAGUUGCCGGCGGGCCCCACAGGAAGCACGCGAGCAACCUAAUUGGUAAUGUGUGUGAGCCAUAACUCAGAGUGGUUGUAUAAUAAGUUGAUAAAACGGUGGAUCGAUUAUUGUUGUAAUGGAUUUGAUGUGUGUGUUAUUGGGGUUUAUGUGGGUUAUGGAAGGUGUGCGGGGAGGGUCAGGGGCAGUUUCGAGGGACAUUUUUGUGCUGGCGGGACAGAGCAACAUGGCUGGACGAGGUGGCGUUGUCGGGGGGAAAUGGGAUGGGAAAGUACCGGCGGAGUGCGGGCCAAGCCCAUGGGUUUGGCGGCUGAGUGCGGAGCUGGAGUGGGAGGAGGCCCGGGAGCCUCUGCAUGCGGACAUUGAUGUGACGAAAACGUGUGGGGUUGGGCCUGGGAUGGCGUUUGCGAACGAGGUUCGGAGAGGUGGCGGUGGGCUUGUGGGCCUGGUGCCUUGCGCGGUGGGAGGGACGAAGAUCGGAGAGUGGAGUCGUGGGUCUCGGCUGUAUGAUGAGUUGGUGAAACGUGCGAAGCGUGCGAUGGGUUUGGGCCGGAUCCGUGGUCUGCUUUGGUAUCAGGGAGAGAGUGACACGGUGAGAGAAAAAGACAGUGAGUCAUAUAAAGAUAAGAUGGAGAAGUUGAUCGUGGACCUUCGAUUGGAUCUUGAACUCCCAUCUCUUCUGGUUAUCCAGGUAGCGCUGGCAUCAGGGGAGGGAAAGUUCGUAGAGAAAGUAAGGCGUGCUCAAAUGGAGAUGAAAAUGGCGAAUGUGGAAUGUGUGGAUGCUAAGGGACUGAGUCUAAACGCGGAUAAACUUCACCUAACCACUACGGCUCAGGUUCAUUUGGGCAUUAAGUUAGCACAUGCCUAUCUUAAUUCCACCACCUACCGUAACCAAAUUCAUCAUACGCAAUCUUAUCAACCUCUUCGUACUUCCUGAUUGCUAAACAAACCCCCCAAAACUACACUCUCACCACCUUUUCAUUUUCCCAUCAUGUAUUUUUUUUAUGUUACAUAAUUAUUAUAUUAUAAUAUUUUAGACA